ACUAAUGAUGCACCCGAGGCCUCGGUGCUUCGCUAACGCGGCGGCGGCGGUGAGGGCAGCGCCUGUAACUGGAAACCAAAACCUUCACCGUCUCCGCCCGGCCACUUUUCAUUCACUCCUAGGUGCUUAAUUGAGGGCUGGAGAGAAGCGCUCUGGGUGCGUUAGGAGUCCAGCUAUACGGAUUAUUUUAUAAAGGAGCCGGGAGUACCUUUGCAACCACCGGGAAGAGAGACUUUUCCUUUUUUUCUUUUUUUUACUUUCUUUUUUUUUUUUUUUUAUUUCUACCCCCUACAAUGAGCCAAGUUUGGAAAUAAAAUUAUCUGGUGGCAGGAGUGGAGUCCAUAAACUGACAGAAACCAGAUCAAAAUCCAUAUUACUGGUUCCUCCAAUACCUGGGUUUUGUUUCUUGGAUAUUAAGUUGCAAAUCUGAGAAGAUGGCAUUUCUUGCACUGCACAUGUUGAUUGGGAUAUUUAUUUACUUUAGCGAUGUAAAAGGAUCUUCCCAGCCUCAAGCAAGGGUAUUUCUAACAUUCAAUGAGCUACAAGAAACUAAGACCUCCGAAUAUCACAGAAUAUCCCACAGUCCCCUGGAUUACAGGAUAUUAUUAAUGGAUGAAGAUCAGGAUCGAAUCUACGUGGGCAGCAAAGAUCAUAUUCUGUCUUUGAAUAUUAAUAAUAUAAGCCAGGACCCUCUCAGUAUUUUCUGGCCAGCGUCAGCAAACAAGGUUGAAGAGUGCAAAAUGGCUGGCAAAGAUCCUACACAUGGCUGUGGAAAUUUUGUGCGUGUGAUACAGUCGUACAACCGCACACACCUGUAUGUCUGUGGCAGCGGUGCCUUCAGCCCCGUGUGUGUUUAUGUCAACAGAGGACGCAGGUCUGAGGAACAAAUCUUCAAGAUCGACUCCAAGUGUGAAUCAGGGAAGGGACGCUGUUCUUUCAACCCUAAUGUGAACACGGUGUCUGUUAUGAUCAAUGAAGAGCUUUUUUCAGGGAUGUAUAUUGAUUUCAUGGGGACGGAUGCAGCCAUUUUUCGGAGUCUGACCAGGAGGAAUGCAGUGCGAACCGACCAGCACAACUCCAAGUGGCUGAGUGAGCCUAUUUUUGUGGAUGCUCAUGUUAUCCCAGAUGGCACUGACCCCAACGAUGCCAAAAUCUACUUCUUCUUCAAAGAGAGACUCACAGACAACAGUGGCAGCACAAAGCAAAUUCAUUCAAUGAUUGCAAGAAUAUGCCCAAAUGACACAGGCGGUCAGCGUAGCCUUGUGAACAAGUGGACAACAUUCUUGAAAGCAAGACUUGUAUGCUCAGUAAUGGAUGAAGAUGGAACAGAAACAUAUUUUGAUGAAUUAGAGGAUGUGUUUCUUUUAGAGACAGAUAACCCCAGAACAACACUUGUGUAUGGAAUUUUUACAACAUCAAGCUCCAUAUUUAAAGGCUCAGCUGUGUGUGUGUAUCAUCUAUCAGACAUCCAGACUGUGUUCAAUGGGCCAUUUGCACACAAGGAGGGCCCAAACCACCAGCUGAUUCCAUAUCAGGGCAGAAUUCCGUACCCACGACCUGGCACUUGUCCAGGAGGAGCUUUUACACCUAAUAUGCGGACAACCAAAGAGUUUCCAGACGAUGUUGUGACCUUCAUCAGGAAUCACCCAUUGAUGUUUAAUCCCAUUUACCCAAUACACAAGAGGCCAUUAAUCAUCCGGAUAGGAGCCGACUACAAGUAUACAAAGAUUGCUGUGGAUCGAGUGAAUGCUGCUGACGGAAGAUACCACGUCUUAUUUCUUGGAACAGAUCAAGGAACCGUACAAAAAGUUGUUGUUCUACCCACCAACUUCUCUGCAAGCGGAGAACUCAUUUUAGAAGAGCUGGAGGUUUUUCAGAGUAACUCUCCUAUAACAACAAUGAAGAUUUCAUCUAAAAAGCAACAGUUGUAUGUGAGCUCGGACGAAGGGGUCACCCAGGUGUCCCUGCAUCGCUGCCACAUCUAUGGGAGCGCCUGCGCCGACUGCUGCCUGGCCCGUGAUCCCUACUGCGCCUGGGACGGCAACUCCUGCUCCAGGUUCUACCCCACAGGGAAGAGGAGGAGUCGUAGGCAAGACGUGAGACAUGGAAACCCUCUGACUCAGUGCCGAGGUUUCAACCUGAAAGCAUACAGAAAUGCAGCAGAAAUAGUUCAGUAUGGAGUCAAAAACAACACCACAUUUCUCGAAUGCACACCCAAAUCUCCUCAGGCUUCUAUUAAGUGGCUGCUACAGAAAGACAAUGACAGAAGGAAAGAGGUCAAGCUGAAUGAGAGGAUCAUAGCCACUGAGCAAGGACUCCUCAUUCGUUCUGUCCAAGACAGUGACCGGGGGCUUUACCAUUGCAUCGCAACGGAGAACAGCUUCAAGCAGACCUUAGCAAAGAUCAAUUUCAAAGUCUUGGAUCCAGAGAUGGUGGCCUACAUGACUGACAAGUGGUCCCCUUGGACCUGGGCCAGCUCGGUGCGGGCACUGCAGUUCCACCCAAAGGACUUUGUGGGAGCUUUCAGCCACUCAGAGAUGCAGAUGAUCAACCAGUAUUGCAAAGACAGUAGACAGCAUGGCCAGCAGAGGGAAGAAUCUCAGAAGAUGAGAGGGGACUACAGCAAACUAAAGGCCCUUAUCAAUAGCAGGAAAAGUAGAAAUAGAAGGAAUCAAUUACCUGGAUCUUAAUGUUAUUUUGUAGUAAUAGAUUUAUUUGUCCUUACUGUAGGGGGCUUCUAUUUGUAUGUUGAGAACAAAUUUGAGCAAAUCUGAUGAAAAUUUAGUUGAAAAUCCAACAACCCUCAGGAAAGAUCCUGUUCCUAAUAAAAUGCAGUAUAACUUAAGAAAAUAAUGCAGAGCAUUUUCUUUCCUAGAUACUUACGGACAUUAGGUUGUGCUCUGUCCUAGAAGCAGAACUGAGUAUUCGUCUUAAGCCAGAUUCACAUUUAACAUCUCAGUAUUUAAUUACUGUUGAUUAGAAAUUUUUACAAAAUCAAGGCAUUGUCUUGCAACUCUGGAACUGUACCUAACAGACUGGUGGUGAAAGAAUCUGGGUUAAGAUGCAUACUCAAAGUAGGAUGGUACUAAGAUUUCCUUGCACUGCAUUUAAGAACAUGAGUUUCUUCUUGUUUACUUUUCAAUAUUGGGUUUACAGCUUUCACUCAUAGUUUAAAUUAUGUGAAUGCAUUCUGACAGGAAGCAAGUAAAGUAUAAUAGAAGUGUUUCAUUCAUUCAGAGAUCACAUGAAGGAACUAGAAGAAGAAAAAGAAAAAAAUAUUGCUUGUCAGAGGAAACACUGAUUAUUGUGCAUAGUAUGAGUUGUAAUAAAUUCAUGAGUUCUGGAAUGUAACUUAAAAUAUCUCUGCUCAUAUUGAUUUUUAUUAAAAUAGGGUGCCCUGUAACACUACAUAGCUUUAUAAGUGGCACAAAGCUAAGAUGAGAAUGUUCAUUAUACAUACAGUUUGAAAAACACCUGUGACUUAGGUAUUUUAGCUAUUUUCAAAUAAUUCCACUCCAAUUUUUUUUUAUAUAGGAGAGAAUGUGGGUAUACUGUAUAGCGUUUACGCAGAAAUAAAAAACAUAGAUAAUCUUUAAUCUGUUCCAUGGCUGAAUUGGAGAUGGUCUGCAAUGUGGAAACAAGUGUGUCUUUGAAAAUUCUAAAGCACUAUUUUUUCAGCUGUUUUCUCAAAGUUGCAAAUAUUUUAACUAGAAUGUUUAAAUUAAACCAUUUCCAUUUUCCAGUCUUUGUACCCUUUUUCUUUUCAGUUUUAUUUUCACGAUUGCCUCUUAUUUUCAGUCUUCUGAUGAAAAGAGGAUCAGGAAAAUAAAAGAAAAAAAAAAAAAGAAUGAGGGAAAAAUAAAACUGAAAAAUGGAUUUGGGUCAAAACCCAAAAAGUUUAACAGAUUGAGAGGCAUGUUUAAAUGGAAAUAUUUUUGUUUAAGAAGUAGCUGUCGUGUCUAGUGAAGUAUGUUUAGUUGAAAAUUGGGUAAAUGUGCAUCAAGCCAUCCUAGGAAAACCUAUGAGGUUGCUAAAAAGCAACACUAAUGCCAAAAAAUAGGGGCAAAUCUUCCUCAUUUUACUAUGUAAGCGUUUCAAAAGCCACUGACUCCAUUCAAAGGAGACAGAUAAUAGAGAUUAAAAAUGUGUGAAUACCUUAGAAAAAUUGUGGUUUAUUCCAUGAUAUUUUAUGAUAGAAUUAAAAAACAGAAACUAAUGUUCAGCUCAAAACUAAGCUAUGUUCAACUAAAAAAAAAAAAAAAAAGAUAAAAAAAGAGUCAAAUAAAGAAAGUGAGUUUGUGGGAAAAAAUGGAAUGGAAAUUAUUUCAGAUACCAGAGAAGAUAAAAAAAAAUAUUUUUUAAAAGCUGUUACUUCCAGGCAGUAACAGAUGGAUAUUGUAUUUGAAAUAUAGUUUUAAACAACUUGAUGGGUCUCUGUUGAAACUCUUUGGGCAUUAUUUUGAUUCUGUUUCUAUUAGAAUUCUCUGUGAGUAACUCUAUAGGGUGUAGGAGAACACCUCUGGGUUUGUGCCAGUGUGAAUUAAGAUCUAGUGCAAUGGAGGUAACUCUGGUAUUUUCCUGAUAUCAGUCAGAUGUGUCACUUUGUCACCACCUGAUGCAGAAUAGCCAGGAAAUGGGCCCUAAUUGAUCAAACCACUUGCACUGUCUCUAAGUGUCUUUGACACUGGUGGGAUCAAUUUGAAUUUAAUUUGUGUGCUUACUGUUUGCUUUCAUGGGAUGGUAGUGCCAGCCUGCUCAUGUAUUGCCAUCUAGUUAAGUGCUUUCCUUAAUCAAGGCCUAAAUGCCUAUUUCUGCAGUAGGUAGCCACUGGUAUCUAAGGUCUUUCUUGUGGAAACCAUCAGGAAACUUUCUCAUUGACUUCAGUGAGCUUGGAUCUGGCCCCAAAAGCUGGCAAAGGCACACUCUGGAGUUAAAAAAACCCAACCAACCAACCAACCAACCAACCAACCAACCAAC